UUUAUAACCUUCUUUUUAGCCUUAAAGGGGUAUUUCAGAAUUCCCUGCUUUUUAUUUUUAUAUUUUUAACAUGCUACUGGCACUGCUGUAAAAAAAAGAAAGAAAAUGCAAUACUUAUAGUCCCUUGCAGUGCCUGUUCCUGUUGGACUUCUAGUCCCCUGUUGCCCUAAUUUUCUACCUGCUACCAAAACAGAGCAUUGGAAUAGGACCUGUCUCCUCAGCCACUGAGAGGGGACAUGGCUACAGCCAGUAAUUGGCCGAAUGGGCCAAAAAGAGGAGCAAUGGGGGACUGAAAGUCCAUGGAGCAGGCACUGGGGGGAACUGGUUAAAGCUGUGGCGUGGAAUGGAUAUAGACGCCAACCCCACAAAUGGAGACCUCAGCCUGAUAAAGGUGAAAGCAGAAACAAAAUGCGUCUUGGAAGCCUUUCUAAAACGAUCCUUAAGUCAAGAGGAGGGAAGACAUCUAGGACAUGUGGGGCGUUCAUACCAUGACCCAAAGAAGUAUAGUCACAGGGGGAGUCAUGAAGAUGGUAAAGAAUCGUUUCAAAAGAAAACCAAAAAAUCAGAUCGAAAAAAAAACAAAGAGUCGGAAAAAGAUGAAAAGAACAGAAGCCCAAGAUUCGGUGAGCGGUCAGCCGAGGGGCAUAAUGGUACCUGGAAUUCCCUACACGAAGAGAUCAAUCGGGUGGAAGAGACGAAACACGGCUUCAAAACAAACAUUAAGAAGCUGCUGAGAAAAAAUAGCCAGAGCAAGGAGAAGGCAGUGACACCAAAGGAAAAGAAUGGGAGUAUUAAUAGUAAAUCGAGGGACUCCAUUGACUCUAUACUGAAUGACCAUGAGAAAGGGGUGGCCAAAGCGGAUUCCUUGAAACGCCCCAAGUCUCCUAAUCCCUUACUUGCGUGUACUUUGGCUCCCUCCACAAUUUCUUUAGAAGAAACAGGUUCUCAUGAGAAGCACAAAAAAGCUGGCCGUUCCUUCUCCCUUAAAAGAUUGCUUAAGAAGAAAACGCACAAAGACCAUUCCGUGGGAUCGGACUCCAAUCCUCCGAGGCCCGACUUCCUGCCAUUGACACCAUGUUAUGAUGACCCUCGUACCCCUACUCAGGAAACUGGGAAACUUGAAGACUCUGAGGUUUACUCGUUGGCUGCGAAGAAGCUGGAGACAUUGAUCAAACACAAAAAGCUGAAGAGUCCCCAGGAGCCCCCGAAGAUUCCUGCUGCUCCAUCAUUCUUCCUAGCUCCACCAGAGAAUAAUAAUGUGGUGACUGAGGAGAAGCCGACUGCCGAGGACAAAGACGAAAUCAUACGGAAGCUGGUGGCCCUGCUGCAGGAACAGGCUGAGGAUAUCAAUAAAAAGAUCAGUAAGGAUCCCUUCCUGAGGAACAGCCUCAGCCGGUUGUCCUACGGCAGCUUCUUCCGCCUUGCAGAAGUUUUCACCAGCAACGUGGAGGUAGAGAAGAGUGAAGCGGGUUCAAGCGUUAGCCCAGAACUGACAAAAAUCGCCCUGACUAUGGAGCUUACCAGGAAAGUGGCCGGGAUUAAUAGCCAUGCCAUUCACACCCUCAUGGGCUACAGUCUUCAGUAUAUGGACAUGUUUGUUCCCUGGCUGCAGCAGCAAGGAGGCUGGGAAAAAAUAGUUUCUCAUGAAGAUGUUACCGACAUGCAGAUUGACUAAUCUGGUGGAAUCUGUGAACUACCUCGUAUGCCACAACUCCAUUUUAUCCGGAGCCUGGCAGCCUGCGCUGUUUCUUAACCUUAAUAUAAGCUAAGGAAACAACACACGAUACUGUCACCUGGACGUCUAUGGCAUGAUACAUUAUCCUCCGACAUCUUGCAAUACCUCAGGGAGCAAAGUCCUGCCAAAUACCACCUGUGACUUACUUUUUAUUCUUUUUUUUUUUUUUUUUUGUAUAUUCUUGUAUAUAUAUA